CAUCAGAUGUUUUUUUUAAGAGACAAAAGUUCAAUUUUUGAUGAGACGAGAGAUGGCGCCUGUGGAAACAAGUGGAGGCUGGUAUGUUUAUGCUUGAGAGCGCCAUGCACAGAGCCAGGGGGUCGCAACGAAUGAAGACACAGGAUGAGAGCACAGGGCAGAAGAGGUUUCAAAGACACUGCAGUAAAAUGUUAAGGUUUCAUAAUGAGUCAUCAUUGACAUUUUAUGAAUAAUCCCCUGACACACUUCUGGUCCCCUGUUCAGUCUUACACUCAGAGGGUCCCAGGUUACAUCUUGUCUCACCUUCUCAUCCACGAUGCAGUCCUUCUAUUAUAUCGCUUUACUUUUUCUGUGUGAUUUCUCUGUCCUGCCCUCUGUGCUUUCCAUUUGGUGCAAUGACUCACAAUAUACCUGGCCUGUAGACCAGCCAAAACUCUGCUGUGACAAGUGUCCACCAGGAAAACAUCUGUCGCGGCGUCCAGCUGAUACGUGUGGGACUGAGUGUAAAACUUGCACAGGUGACCGCUACACCGAUUCCUACAAUGUGCAGAUGGACUGCGAUGUUUGUAGAAGUUGCAACAAAGAAAACAUGGAGCCUGAGUCACAGUGUAGUGUCACUCGUAAUGCUGUGUGCAGAUGUAAAGCAGGCUUCAAAUGCAGAGACCAACAGUGCACACAGUGUAUUCCAGUACCAACCACCACCUCCAAACCCACACUCCCACCAUCAACUACAGCCUUCAAACCUUCUGCCUCCACCAUAUUCGCACCAUCUCCUGCACCAGUGAAAGAUACGAUGUGGUACCUGGUGAUAAUUGCCCUCCUGUGUGUAGGACUUGUCCUCAUUGUCAUAUCAAAGCUCAAGCCCAUUCUGUGCUGGAUCAGAUCUAAGCAAGGAUACAUUUUGACUGAAAAACCUACUGCGCUACCAGGGAAUGCCACAGACGACGAGGGAGUAUCCAAACCAGUCCAGGAAAUGUGUGGGAAAUGUGAACAACCAAUCGAAGUUUGAGUUAAAGACUGUUUAGGGUGUUGAAUCUGAACUUGGAUGAACAAUAAGAUGGCAGGUGGACAUUUAGUGACAUAUAGCAGAUUCACAACAUUUUGUUGCUUUGGACAUUUAUGUCAAAUGGUGCCAAGCGUCACUCCGCUCCACGCUGAUGAAAGAAGAAAACAUACUGUAUGUUUCACGACUGUCGCUGUUUCCUGAGAUGAAACAUGAACUUUUCAUAUCUAUGAUGUUAAGAUAGUAAAAGUGUAUAAAAACACGGAGAUAAGGAAAGAAACUGAAGAGUGCAUGAGUUAGAAAUUGUGCAGUAUGUUGUUAAAUGGUGGUAUGUACUAUGGUACACAAAAGUUAAAGAU